AUAAACUAUUUCAUCUAAAUAAAAGAAGCAGAAAGAUAAAGAAAAAUGGCCAGGAUUGCAAAUGGUGUUGGAAUCGUUGGUCUUUUAAUAAUUUUCAUGUUGAUUUGGGGAGGAAUGCCAAAAGGAAAUGCUAAACGCUCUAAUCCUCUUUGUCGGAAGAUACCCAGUAUAUUAGCGGCACCUGGGAACUGCUUUAAAAGUAAUGGAUGGUUUAGGAAUUGAAAAUCAUCUUGGGGUUAGUGUCUUCAAUGGAUCUUGAUAUUUUGAUUUUGGGUUGAGGAAAUGAUAAUAGCAAAGCAAUACCGUUGCAUUCACUCGGCGACUUGUCAUUGCACGAAAGGACAUCUUAGCGAAGAAGUAUUGUUUCUUAUGGUUCAGCAUCUAAACUGGAACCCUAAUGUGAUUGCGACUCUAUCUUGUGUUUGUAAAUGGUUUGAUGAUCUCGCUAAGCGGUUAUUGUGGAAAGAAUUCUGCAGAGCUAGAGCACCUAAGAUGAUGAGUGACCUUCAAUCUAGUGGUAGCCAUAGUGUUGAUGGGAGUUGGAGAGCACUUGGGAAACUUUUGAUUUACUGCUCUGGUUCAAGCAAAGGUGGACUCUUUAAUGAUGUUCAAAUCUCUGGUCAUUUUGUUCACCGAACCCGCUUCUCUAGAACAUCGGGAAGGAGCUUUCUUCCUCCACAAUGUCGAACUGAUGAUAUUCUCUAUGUUUCUGAUCCUUGUGAACAUCUGGAUCAAGGAGAAGAUGGUGAUUUGGGAUUCUUCCGUGGGAUUUUUAAAUCGUUUUCAAUGUCAAAGGUGAGGAAGUUGCUUAUCAAGAAAGGGACACCAUUUCAUCCCACAGAAGUUUGUCCGUAUUGCAAAGCAAAGCUGUGGAGUAUGCUUCAGGCGAAAAUGAUACCACAGAGUGCUAGCUGUAGAUUGGGGGCUUAUGAAGAUAGCAUUGAGUAUUAUGUUUGCCUCAAUGGGCAUAUGCUAGGAGUUUGUACACUCUUACCCUUGUCUGAUUCUGAAGGGGCUACCGAGUUUCAGUGACUAUAAGUUCCCGACCUUGCUUUUUCCUUUGCAGAAAAUGCUUGAAGCUUGGUCAUAAGUUAUGAUGUCGUCUUUCUGUUUCUAAUGUACUGGUGAAUUGUUGUUGCUAGACUUUGGGAAUCAUCACUUUGCAAAGAGUUGAUGUGAAGUGUAUCAUAAGCUGAAGUUGUGCAAGGUUCAACGAUUUCAGA